CAAAGCUCCUGAGUGGAAUAGAGUGAGUAACACUAGCUAGCUAGCUACUGACACUGAUGGAGUUUACAAUAUUGCAUGUGUGGGUUUUGGGAUUCCCAUGAGAUGGAAGAAGAACAGUGCGUGUCACUAUCGUUUUGCUGGAUCUGUAAAAAUCCCUAAAGCAUAAGAGGAAAAUAAAAAGAAGGGGUUAACUCGGAGGACCUUGGAGCUGAGGAUCCUGGUGAUGACAGUGAAGAUGGUUACAACAGACACAAGUACACUACUCUUAGUGGUAGCAGUCUUUCUAAACCUAGUAGCAAGUAACGAGUAUCACAAAAUACCAACAAAAUGGAGCUUGGGAAAGCUGCUUGGAAAAGACAGCUCUCCCAUGAUGUUCACUUAUCAUCUCUACAAUGCCACCAUUAAUGAGAACUCAGCCCCCAGGACUGCUGUGGAGAGUCCCAUCAAGAUGGGCAUCGUAGUGACCGAUCCUUUCUGGGACAUCAAGUUCAAACUUGUCUCUGGAGACGACGACGGCCUAUUCAAAGCGGAGGAGGUCAGAGUAGGGGAUUUCUGCAUUCUGCGAAUCAAAACGCGAAGCAGUAAUUCUGCAUCACUAAACAGGGAAGUAAGAGACAGUUAUACUCUCACCAUUGAAGCCACUGAAAUCACGUACGACUUCCAGGCCAGGACCAAGGUAUUGGUUCAGGUGCUUGAYACCAAUGAYCUGAAACCACUCUUCUACCCAGCCUCGUACAACGUAGUCAUCAGGGAAGACGCUCCGUUGAAGUCCAGCGUGGUCAGGGUCAGUGCGACGGACGCGGAUAUUGRYUGYAACGCUGASUUCUAUUACUCCUUUAMGAGYAGAGCCCAUCCGUUCGCCGUUGAUCCUUUCUCAGGCGCCAUCAGCCUCGUCAAGAGACUGAACCACAGCCGAGCAGAAACAUACGAUCUCACUGUAUUAGCYGAGGACAGGACCAAGAAGAUAUCUGGGGUUAAGAAGUUUGGCAACGAGGCCAGGGUUACAGUGACCAUAGAAAAGGUCUCUUCAACCGCCCCCAUCAUCAAACCUCUCCCGGUUGUCCUAGCUCAAAAGGACGAAGAUGAGAAGAUAACUAUUGAUGUCCAUGUAGAGUYGGGUGUAAAGCCAGUUGAGUCCGUUAGUAUUGUUGGUGGGGAUCCACAGAGGUAUUUUGAGAUUAUUCCAUCCAGCCUGCAACGCAAUGGAUUCCAAGUGGUCUCCACCAAGUGGGUGAAUUGGUCUCAGAGCCCAUCUGGAUUUAACCUCUCCCUCCAAGCUAAAGACAAGAGUGGUCCACCUUUAGUUUCUCMAGUUUCAGAAAUCCACAUCCCUCCGUAUAAACAAAGCCUGUUUUGCUUUCUGGAAGACAUUUACAUUCUCACACUAAGUGAGUUUUCACCACCAAAAACACAUGUGAUCAGAGUUAGUGUGAGUCCAGCACAUUUGAAUGUUACAUACCACAUUAAAAGUAACUCUGAUAGCUCCAAAUUUAAGAUUAACCCCAAAACAGGCAUACUUGUUACCUCAGAGUCCUUUGACUUUGAGAAAAAGUAUCGUUAUGAAUUCGACGUGACAGCGAAUCACGGYGAAGCCGAGACCCAUAUAGUUGUUGAGAUAACUGACGAAAACGACAACGYCCCCACAUUCACCAAGCCCUCAUACCAAGCCACACUACCAGAGAACGUACCUAUAGGCAGCAGCGUUCUAACAGUCUCUGCAAUAGACGWGGACAGGGGUCGAAAUGGCUUCGUGACCUAUGCCAUAGCCAACUCAGCUCCUUCCCCAUUCACAAUAGACCCGAUCAGUGGAGUGAUCUCUACAUUUGAGGAUCUGGACUAUGAGUUGAUGAAGAGGUGGUAUCAUCUCAGAGUGUGGGCUUCGGACAGUGGCAGUCCCUUCAGUCAUGUUUCUGAAUGCUCUGUGACGAUCACCAUGAGCAACGUCAAUGACAACACCCCUCUGUUUGAGCAGGUGGGAUGCAAUGCCACCAUACCUGUAGAUUUAGCAGUGGGAGAGCCAAUCGCAGAGCUGUCUGCUGUUGACCUGGACGAACUACAACAGCUCAGAUAUGUGAUCGAGUCAGGGAAUGACCAACAACUGUUUGACAUCGACGCUGUAUCAGGAGUCAUUAUACUGAUCAGACAGAUACCCACAGUUUCGAUAGAAACUGAAUUACCUUCGUUCAGACUCAGAAUCACAGCAACYGACGGUAAACAUAACUCCGAUCCCUCUGUUGUUACUGUUACUGUUGUUAACCAGGGCAUUGAAGCCACAGUCAGUUGUCAGGAGACUGGGAUUUCCAAACGGCUCACAGACAAACUGAUAGAAUCCAUGAAGCCAGUGUUGACUAUCCAGGAUGAGGAAUCCUUCUCGGACGUUCAUAUCAUCAACCGCCACUCUCCUAAGUUCAACUCUGGCAUCCCGAGUACUAUUGACAUCAGAGAGGACUUCCCUUUAAAUUCUACUAUCCUUCACUUCAAGGCUUCAGAUAAUGACACCGGAUUCAACAGCAAGCUUGUGUACGCYAUCUCAAGUGGAAAUGAAGAYGGGUGUUUCUCCAUUGGUAUUUKSUCUGGGGAGCUUCAGCUUGUGUGUCCUUUAGACCGAGAAACCAAAGAGUUCUACAUUUUGAACGUAACUGUCUAUGAYUUAGGAAGCCCACAAACCUCAGCAUGGAAAUUUCUUGCUGUGAAUCUAUUGGAUGUUAACGACAACCGACCAGUAUUCAACCAAUCCAGGUAUGUCGUGCACAUCCCAGAGAACACAGAGGUUGACACAACGAUAUUCCAAGUGCACGCAACAGAUUUAGACUCUGAGGGCAAUGGAAAUAUCCUAUAUUCGAUGCUAACGCUAACCAAUCUGUUCAAGAUCAAUGAACUCACUGGAAAAGUGAAGGUGUCUGGUCGUUUAGACAGAGAAGCCUUUCCCAGACAUGACUUGAAGGUGGAGGCUAGAGAUCAGUCUAAAAAAGACCCACAGCUCUUCUCUUUGACCGAUCUGGUGGUCGUGUUGGAGGACAUCAACGACAAUCCUCCCAAGUUCGUCCCCAAGAUCUACAACAUCAAAGUCCCUGAGGACUUUCCCUUGGGGACGGUGCUACUGUGGGUCGAGAGCUACGACUUAGACCUGGGCAGCGCUGGACAGAUCAGCUACAACCUGAAGAACAGUGAGAACGGGGCCUUUUUUCUGGACGCAUCGACGGGAUCUCUAACCCUUGAGAAAGAACUGGACUUCGAGACGAGACAGUCUUACAACCUGACGGUUCAAGCAAUUGACCAUGGCCUUCCUCGGUCACUCUCCUCCUMCUGUUUCAUCGAGGUGGAGGUCCUGGAUGUGAAUGAGAACCUGAAUAAGCCGGUGUUCUCCAUGUUUGUCUAUGAGGCCUCAGUGAUGGAGGACGCUCCUGUGGGAACCUCAGUGUUGACGCUGACAGCAGCAGAUAGGGACUUGGGGAAAGACGGAGUCGUCAGGUAUCACAUUCACGAUGGAUCUGGCCUGGGAGUUUUCAUGAUCGAUGAGGAAACAGGAGUCAUCCGCACGGCUGAGACGUUGGACCGCGAGGCCGUCCCACACUACUGGCUGUCGGUCUAUGCCAAAGACCUUGGCACCAUCCCUCUAGUGACCUGGACAGACAUAUUUGUGGAAGUCCUGGAUAUCAAUGAUAACCCUCCCCAGCUGUCCCAGCCGGUCUACUUCGGCUCCGUCCUGGAAAACAUGCCUAAAGACAAGUCAGUGCUUCAGGUCACUGCUACUGACGUGGACAGCUCCUCUGAGGGGAAACUCACCUUCCAGCUGUUGGAGUCACCGCAGACGUAUUUCACCAUCAACCCCAAGACAGGCGUCAUCAACACUCUGACCUCUCUGGACCGGGAACAGAAGUCUGAGCACAGUAUCGAGGUGAUAGUGUCAGACAACGGAGCUCCUGYUCUCCGCUCCACCUCUACAGUGAUCAUCCAGGUGCUGGAUGAGAACGACAACAGACCCCAGUUCAACCACAAGCUCUUCCAGGUCAAACUACCUGAGCAACACAGGGGUCAGGGGGCGGAACCACAGGCGGUGGUGUGUCGUAUGGUUGCCCAGGAUGACGAUGAAGGGCCCAAUGCUGAGGUCACCUUCAGUCUCCAGGACAACCAGGACGAGAGGUUUGAGAUCCAUCCAGACACUGGGGAGGUGAUGGCACGCGGGGACUUUACAGCAGGCAACUACAGCAUCCUCACGAUCAAAGCAGAGGACCAUGGGAGCCCGGUGAGAUCGUCGACAGUCCGCCUCGACGUAGAGUGGAUCCCCAAGCCGACGCCCACCUCCGAUCCGCUGACGUUUGACGAGCCACACUUCACCUUCGCUGUCAUGGAGACAGAUCCUGUCACUCACAUGGUGGGGAUCAUCCUCACGGAGACACAGAGGCUACUGUGGUAUGACAUCACAGGGGGCGAUGAAGAGCAGGACUUUGACAUUGACAGGAACACAGGAAGCAUCGUGAUCGCCAGGCCUCUGGAUGCAGGGAAGAAGUCAACCUAUAAUCUGACUGUACAGGUUACAGAYGGACAUCAGGUCGCAACCACACAGACAUAUAUCAGUGUGCUGGACAUGAACRAGCAUCGACCCAUGUUCAUGGAGUCCAUCUACGAGGUCAGAGUACCGGAAGACACCUCUCCACGGAAGGACAUCCUCCACAUCUCUGCUCAGGACCGAGACAGCAACAGCAAACUCAUCUACUCGCUCCACAGCAGCGUCCAUCCAGACAGCCUGAAGAACUUCCAUCUGGACCCUAAGAGUGGUGUUCUGGUGAUAACUGAGCAGCUGGACCGUGAGAAGCGUUCUGUGCACACGCUCAUUGUGAUGGUUCGAGAUCAGAAGAUGCCAGUGAAAAGAAACUUUGUGAAGGCAGUGGUUUAUGUGGAGGACUGCAACRACCACUCUCCUGCCUUCAUGGCAGCCGGCUAUGAGGGCACUAUCACCAAUCUGGCUGCGGCUGGGACAGAGGUGCUGCGUGUCAAGGCKCUGGAUAAGGACAUGGGGAGCAACGCUCAGAUUAUUUACUCCCUUCACUCAGGGAAUGUCGACAACACCUUUGACAUUGAUGGCGAGCUGGGGAGUAUCACUAUCGCCAAACCUCUGGACAGCCUACCCCAGGAGCAGUUCCAUCUGACAGUGAAAGCCACAGACCAGGGUUUCCCCCAGCACAGCGACCUCUGUUCUGUCUCCAUCACCGUCCUGCUCUCAGACAGAACCCCUCCCAGGUUCCCCUCUGAUGAGUACUUCUCAGAGGUCAGUGAAGCCAGUCCUCUGGGAACUCCCGUGAUCACUGUCUCUGCAGCCAGCCCAUCCGCAGUCCACUACAGCAUCAAAGAUGGAGACCCUAACGGAACGUUCCACAUCAAUGCAGASUCCGGAGUUCUCUCKGUCCAARYGAGCCUCAACUUCGAGRRGUGUUUCUCKUACAGACUCRAAGUGCGUGCUAGCACCUCGRCRGGAKCCUCGUCAGAUACGGUUGUUUACGUCUAUGUGAURGAUGAGAAUGAUAACCYWCCGGUGUUCCUCCAGGAGARAUUCCAUGGCCAGAUUAGUGAGUCUGCUCACAUAAACAGCAUGGUGAUGGGGGAGAGCAACACACCUCUGGUGAUACGAGCCUCUGAUGCUGACAGGGACUCUAACUCUCUCCUAGUCUUCCAAAUCCUGGAUCCGGAAGCGAUGAAAGUCUUCAAGAUAGAUCCAAACAUGGGUACACUCUCUGUGAUAUCGGAGGUGGACUUUGAAGAAACACCUGAGUUUAGCUUCAGCAUUCAGGUACGGGACUCAGGGGAACCGUCGCUGUGCGCAGCAGAGCCAGCCAGAGUCACAAUCCGUGUCCUGGAUUUUAACGACUGUUCCCCCAAAUUUGCUAGGCCGGUAUACGAGUUGUCCAUCGUCUUCCCUCCUGUCAGAGAGAUGGAGGUUGUACGGGUCAUGGCACAAGAUGCAGAUUCAGCUGUCUCGUACAGCCUCAURGAGGGCAACCUUCAAGAUGCUUUUCUCAUUCAUCCUUCCACUGGUACUAUCUCUGUAAACAAUGUUUCAGAGUUUAAAUCAUUUUACCAGCUGCUGGUCAAAGCCUCUGAUGGCCUGUACAAAGACCUUGCCACAGUUAAGAUAAACGUCACCAACAUAACAGCAGGCGGCCAUCUUAAAUUUGAGCAGGGAUUGUAUGCAGCCACCAUUGAGGAGAACUCGAUGACGGUCAAAAUGUUAGCUGUGUUGAGAGCUUCAGGUAGUUACUUGAACGAGCCUCUGAUUUACUCUGUACUGAACCCAAUGGGACGGUUUGCUAUAGUCCCAACAUCAGGCGUGCUUGAGACCACCGGCGUCCCCUUCGACAGAGAGGAGCAGGAUGUCUAUGACAUAGUGGUGGAGGUGAGAGACAUGAGGAGUCCCCCUCGUUGGGCAAUAACCCACGUCAACRUUUACAUAGUUGACAUCAAUGACAAUCCACCGAGGUUCUUGAACCUGCCUCACUCCAUGAUGAUCUCUGAAGACACGGACCCAGGAGAUGUAAUCUUUCAAGUCAUGGCGUCCGACAGUGAUCUUGGAGAAAAUGGCUCUAUUAUGUACUUGUUGGAGGAGGAUUUUGAUCUCUUUAGGAUAGACCCUUAUGUUGGUGACGUGUCCCUUCAGCGGCCUAUAGACUUUGAAGCUACCAAUAAAUAUGCCCUGACUGUCCUGGCCACAGAUGAGGGCUCGCCCAGUUGGACCACUUCAGCAGAGCUGAGUAUCACUUUGAGAAAUYGCACCAACCCCAUUUUUCAGACWUUGCUCUAUCUUCUGAAAGUCCCUGAAAACAUAUCUCCCUUCACCACCAUCUUGCAUGUACAAGCAAGAAACCCUGAAGGAUACCGGCUUAUUUACAAUCUGGAAGAGAAGAAUGCCUCAAAAAACUUUCACAUAGAUUUUAAAACAGGAGUGUUGAGUGUCACUGAUUUAUUGGACUAUGAAAGUCAGACAAUGCAUCUAUUGACGGUACGAGCCACUGACUCUGUGACAGGCUCCUUUUCAGAGGCCGCUGUCGGAAUAGAGGUUGAAGAUGUUAACGAUAACGCUCCAGUCUUCUCCAAGCUGACUGACACAGUGGAUAUACCUGAAGGAUUACCCAUAGGCACGUCUGUGUUACAGAUAUCAGCCACAGAUAGAGACUCAGGCAGGAAUAGAGACUUAACCUUCCAUAUUUUGGGGACGGGGGAAAAUGAAACGGACUUCUUUAAAAUAGACCCCCAGAGUGGUCUAAUUGUUACAACACAGGUGUUGGACUAUGAGAAGACAAAACACUUCCAGUUAAAGAUCAAAGCCAUAGAUAAUGGCACGRACCCAUUGAGCAGGGAUGCCUAUGUCAUUGUUAACGUAACCGAUGUCAACGAUAACCCUCCAAACUUCUCCAAGACCCACUAUCACGCAACACUGGAUGAAUUGGCCAAAUGUGGCCACAUCGUCAUAAGAAUUCAAGGUUUGGACCCCGACACAAGAGACUUGAACAAUCUACAGUAUAAGAUCCUCUCAGGUAAUGAGGGAAGAUACUUCGCCAUCAACGAAUCCUCCGGGAUUAUCUCCUUUUCUAACGUCUGCAAGAGAAAUGUGGACCCAUUCUACAACCUCACCGUGGCUGUGUCAGAUGGAGUUUUCCAGAACACAGCCCCUGUGAACAUUGAUAUGAUGAACACUAAUAAACACAGCCCCUAUUUCAACAAAAACAUUUACGAGGCGGAACUAGCUGAGAACGCUGAGGCUGGAACACGUGUGAUUCGCCUGGCCGCCAUAGAUCCUGACGAUGGACCUUACGGCAGUGUGGACUACACCAUCAUCAACAAACUGGCAGAUGACAAAUUCUCCAUAGACAAGAAUGGACAGAUCGUAACAUCUCAACCUUUAGAUCGAGAGAACCCAUCUCAAAGAGUGAUCGCCAUCAAGGUGAUGGCUAAAGAUGGCGGAGGGAAAGUAGCGUUCUGCACUGUGAAGAUUAUCCUGACAGAUGAGAAUGAUAAUGCCCCUCAGUUCAAAGCAUCAGAGUAUCAGGUCUCAAUCCAGUCUACUGUAAACAAAGGUUCUCCAGUGAUUCAGAUAAUGGCAUACGAUGCAGACGACGGUAAAAAUGCUGACGUCACCUACACCGUGGACGAAGCAGAGGAAGUGACCCAGGACAUCAUCGAGAUCAACCCCUUCACUGGCAUAGUCAGCGUCAAAGAGAGCCUGAUAGGUCAAGAGAACAAGAUAUUAAACUUCAAAGUCAAGGCUCGGGACGGCGGAUUACCGUUCUACAACUCCACGGUUCCGGUGCAGGUGAAAGUAGUACCACCUGAGGUCCCUCUUCCGAAGUUCUCCGAGCCRCUGUACACUUUCUCCGCAGCCGAGGACAUCUCCAUUGGAACAGAGAUCGGGACGAUCAAGGCYGACUCUGACAUGCCAGUCAUCUACAGMCUGGUCAAUGGCAACACAGUGGAGAGUAACAGAGACAGAGUGUUUGCUCUGGAUAAAGAGAGCGGUACUCUACUCGUCCAGAAGAGCAUUGACCACGAGAGGACCAAGUGGUAUCAGAUAGAUGUUAUUGCUCAAGGCAACCACAACGGGACCGACGUGGCCUCGCUGGUGUCGGUCAGCAUCCAGGUCCAGGAUGUGAAUGACAACGUGCCGGUGUUCGAGGCCAACCCUUACAAGGCCUUCCUGGCUGAGAACAUGCGACCAGGAACCACCGUCAUCCAGGUGACUGCCAACGACCCUGACCAGGACACCAAUGGACAGGUGACCUACACCUUGGAAGCCGAACCCGAUGACGUCGCCGAUGUCUUCUCCAUCGACAGUGAGAGCGGUUGGAUAACUACUCUGAGAGAAACGGACUGUGAGAUGACUCAGCACUACAGCUUCACAGUGGUGGCUACUGACCACGGGGGGGAGGUUAAGCUCUCGUCCUCAGUUCUAGUGGAGGUGACGGUGACUGACGAGAACGACAACCCUGCUCGGUUCACGGAGGACGUGUACCAUGGGUCUGUCAUGGAGAACACUAGGCCUGGGGAGGUCAUCAUGAGCCUGACGACCGUUGAUAUGGAUGUGACUAAAGAGAACAGGCAGAUCACGUGUUACAUCACAGACGGGAGACCAUUGGGCCAGUUCUCCAUUCUAGGAGGGGAGGUGGGGGCUGGUCUCAAAGAGUCUCUUGACCGUGAAGCUAAAGAUAAGUACUCCCUGAGUACCGUUACAGACGGGAGAUUCGAGGCCCAUGCCACUGUAGAGGUCCAUGUCCGCAUCAACGAUAACAGUCCUCUGUGUGUGCAGUURCUGUACACAGAGGUUGUCGUGGAGAAUUCCCCGUCACGCAUGUUCAUCGUGAAGGUUUCAGCGUYGGACCCAGACAUCGGCACCAAUGGACAAGUGUCCUACACCCUYCACGGCCCCAAUGCAGACAAGUUCCAUCUUGAUCAAAAGACAGGGGAGUUGUUCACCCUGGCCCAGUUGGACCGGGAGAAGGUGAUGGAGUAUGAUCUARUAGUUAAAGCCACGGACGGCGGAGGUCGCUCCUGCCAGGCAGACAUCUUACUCAUGAUCCAGGAUGUGAAUGACAACCCUCCCAAGUUCUCCAACAACCACUAUGAAGUCACCGUGUUCGACAACACCACCGUCAGGACACCCAUCGCUGUCAUCUACGCCAAAGACCCUGACACUGGUAUAAACUCUGAGGUGAAGUAUUCUCUACUCGAGGACAACAGCGUCCACUUCUCAUUAGAAGAGUUCUCCGGUAUCCUGCGCCUGGAGAGGUCGCUGGCCGAAAACACCCGGUCGACCUUUGAACUCAAGGUUAAAGCCACCGACAGGGGGCUUCCCCGACAACUGUACUCCAUUGCCACAGUUACGGUGCAUGUUGUCGACCUGAGCGACUACAAGCCGGUAUUCUUAAGCCAGGAGUACUUCGCCCAGAUCCCAGAAUCCACCCUGGUAGGGUCAGAGGUCAUCAGCGUCUCUGCCCUCACUAGAGACGGGACCGAGACGGAAUCCAUCAUCUACUCCAUCGUCUCUGGCAACGAGGGGGGAAGGUUCUACCUGCACCCAGCAACUGGUGUUCUGGCUGUGAAUGGUUCUUUAGACUUUGAGCUGUGUCRUGAAUACUACCUGUCAUUGGAGGGGACGAGAGGCAAGUCGACUCUGAGCGACAUCACCAUGGUGAUUAUCAACRUCACAGAUGUCAAUGACAACACGCCCGUGUUCGGACAGGGAGACUACAGAGCUGACAUCUCAGAGGACCUGUCGCCUGGCGAUGUGGUGAUGCAGGUGACAGCCAUCGACCUGGAUGGGCCGUUGAACAACCUCGUCCACUACUCCAUCUCCAGUGGAGACCCUCAGGGGCAGUUCGGCAUCGACCCUCGCAGUGGAGAGAUCAUAGUCAGGGCCACGCUGGACAGAGAGGAGAUCACGCACUACUCUCUGACGGUCCAAGCAGCUGAUGAGGGAGACCCUCCUCUGUCUACGGCGGUCCAAGUGACCUUGACCGUGUCCGAUGUCAACGACAACCCACCUGUCUUCUCCCAGAUUAAACACAACCUGGUCCUUCAGGAGAGCGAGGCCAUCGGUAGCAGUAUCCUCCAGCUGGUGGUCACAGACAGAGACACCCCUCACAAUGGACCUCCCUUCACUUUCCUCAUCGUGUCUGGGAACGAGGACCGCCGCUUCCACGUAGACCAGGGAGGUCUGUUGUCCAUCUCUGCCCCUCUGAAGAAGAAGAUCAAGCCACAGCACCUACUGAAAAUACAGGUGACAGACAGCGGACACCCUCCUCUCUCCUCCAUCUGCGUGGUAAAGAUCAACGUCACUGAGCAGAGCAAGUACCCUCCUUCUGUGAUGCCCCUGGAAGUCUUCAUCACCACCACAGGAGACACUUUCUCCAACCGAGUCAUAGGCAAGCUCCAUGCCUCCGACCAGGACCUGCACGACAUCCUAAACUACAAGCUGGUCUCGGAGUCUCCAGGUGGGGGAGACCCAGGGCCGAGCUCAGGCCCCUCUGGAGGCCUCUCAAGGUUCUCUGUGGAUCUGGUGGAUGGGAAGAUCUGGGCCGAUGAAGACCUGAAACCUGGUCUCUACUCCCUCAAUGUCAGCGUCUCCGAUGGGAAGUUCAGCGUGUGGGCCGGGGUGAAGGUCCAUGUGUGGAAACCCACCCAGCAGGCACUGGACGCUGGGCUCACUCUGCAGAUGGCUGGGCUUUCCCCGGAGGAGUUCUUGGGGGACCACUGGAGAGGCCUCCAGAGGAGCCUCAGCACGGCCCUGGGUAUAGCCAGGCAAGACCUCCACCUGGUGAGCCUACAGCAGCAACCCAACUCCCUGGUCCUGGAGGUUCUGCUGCUAUGGAGGCCGCAUGGUGGAAAAGUCUGCUGUGAGUUUUGACGGGACGGGCUAUCUGAAAUACCUGUAUCAGACUGUAGCGGAGGAGAAUCAGAACUUCCGUCUCUCUCUUCGCAUCAAGACCUUCCAGCAACAAGGCGUUGUCAUGAAUACCAAUGCAACCAACUGGGGGAGCUUGAAGCUGAUGGGUGGAGAGUUGAGGUUCAUGUACCUCUGUGGCAACACGCUCCCGGGUUCCCUGCAUGUCCACGCAGCCCCAGUGGUGUCAGACGGGCGGUGGCACCACGUCCUUCUGGAGGUCAACGGUACCAUCCUCAGACUCACCCUGGACCACAUUUACUCAGCCCAGGUCGUCCUCUCUAAACCCUGCCAUCUGAUGCAGCCCCAUGGGGCUCUGAUCCUCGCUGGCCCCCCUGGUCCUGGUUCUUCUCCCACCACCACCCCCACCACCACCACCACCACCUCUACAGAGACCCAGGCCAGGGCCCAGACCCAGGCACAAGGCUUGGUGGGCUGCCUGGAGGGUAUGGAGCUGAAUGGGGAACCCAUCAGGACAGAAGAGAAUAAGGAGUGGAAUGGUCCUGGGAGGAGGAGGGUGUUUGGGGUCUACCAGUGCUGUGUCAACCAGGUCAGGAUGAACAGCUGUGACAGUAACCCCUGUCUGAAUGGAGGAACCUGUGAGGAGGAAUCAAAUGGAGGGUUCCACUGCAGCUGUCCGGAGUCCUUCCAUGGCCCCCACUGUGAGCUGGACAGCAACCCCUGUGCCUCCCAGCCCUGUGCCCACGGUGGGGUGUGUGUGCCAAAGAGUCAAGGUUACAUCUGCAACUGCCAACUGAAUAUGGCUGGAAUCAGGUGUCAGAGCCUAAUUGACAGAUGCUCUCCCAACCCGUGUCAAGGAGGGUAUGACUGUACCUUCUCUGGGGGCUCCAUCCACUGCAACGCUCUGCCCCAGCUGUCCACUGGGCUGGGCUACAUCGAGAUCGUGGAGAUCUGCGCCAGCUUGACAGGGGUUUUCUUCCUGGUCGGUGUUUUCGUCUGCGUCCGCAAACGCUAYGUCCAACAGAAGAAGAAGCCUCUCUGUGUUCAGGACUCCAACGGUUACUUCCAACCCAGUCUGGCCAAAUCCAUGAUGGCGAACACUCCAGAGGUCAGCCAAAUAGAGAUGAGCACGCUGAUAGGUUCUGGUAACGACCUGGAUAACAGUCCCUUCAGAUCUCUGAAGCCUCGCAGCCAGAUGGACCUGGGGCUGGGGUCCCAGGUAAGCCUAAGGGCCGGGAAGCAGAAGCCACAGGGGCCUGUGGUGUGUAGUGUGGCCCCCAACCUCCCUCCUACACCUYCAUCCAUCUCUGACAAUGAGUCCAUCAGGAAACACCACUGGGAUCAGGACUAUGAAGUCUACCCUGCUGAUCCUGACUAUUACGGUCGACCCAGCCCUGCGGUCCAAGAGUAYCCCCAGGUGCAGGAGUUUCCCCAGUUCGACAUUGURGAGGACACCUACGGCUCUGUGACCGCAUCAAUAGACUCACGUAGAAACUCUCGCUUCAGCGGAUUCCCGUUUCCCCUGGAGCGCUCUGACCGCCGCGCUCCCUUACCGCCCUGCUACAGUAACCAGAACCUGGAUGACUUCCUGGGGCCUGACGGUCUUCCAUUACCCAUCUCUCAGUGCCCCAACGAGUACACUGCCAUCAGUUACUAUCCGACGCAACAUGCACAAAGCAUGGACAAUGUGUCGUCGGGCUACCGGCGCCUCAGCAUGCGCCUCAGCGUUGCCACGCCGUCCUACGCUGAGUGUAACGCUCCUCCUCCUCCCCCUCCGUCCCAGCAGGCUAGGCAUGCAGGACGGAACUCUCGCUGCUACAACGGGUCUGACAUGGUGGGCAGCGACUAUGGAAGCUGUGAGGAGGUCAUGUUCUAGAAUGUUUUAGAGUGUUCUAGUCUAGAACCCAGUGAAACUAAGUGAGAKUUGCAGAUACACUGUUCCCUAACAGAGGUCUCUUUAAGGGAGAGACUGCAACGUUCUAGGAAAGAUUUGAGUCUUGAACAUUCUAUGAUGUGAAUUAAUUACAUUCUCUCCAGUCAAUUCUUAGAAUGUCUCCAUAGAAUGUGAUUCUAAGUGGGCUUGACAUUGGGUAGAGUAAAUGAAAGAGUCCCUCACAUUUUCUUCCUCAGGGUUAAACAGUAUUACGGGAUGUUUAUCUGAAACUAUGACAACAAGGUCUCGCAAACAAAGAUGUGCUGAACUAAACACUGCAGCAACCAUCAAACGCUCACUCAUCUAGACCACUCUCUGAGGGAGAGGGACUGGCUUUGUAUAAAACACAAUUCCUAUAAAGUAUGAAUAUGUCUACAAGUCAUGCAGAAAAUAGCUACAUUUCGUACAAUAAUAACCAUAUAACCAAAAAGUUGUUGCAUACAGUAAUACAGUUCCUAUGUAUGACCUCACCAUUCAGUACAGUAUGUAUGUAGUCAUAUGAGUUGCGUCUCAAAUGGCACCCUGUUCCCUACAGGCCCUGGUCAAAAGGAGGGCACUACAUAGGGAAUAGGGUACGAUUUGAGACGUAGUCAUAAGUGACAAAAUAAUGAAGGGGACUGGAUCCUAACAGUAAGAAGAAAUCCAUAUUUAAUGAAUAAAUGGAUCAUAAAUACACAUACAUAUUAUGUGUGUUUGUCAUAAAACAGAUUGUCUAUUCAAUAUAACUUUUAUCCCUGAUAUUGCCAAUUGUGUAAAUAGUGCAUAGUGUGGAAGUAUUCAGACWUUUAUGCCCCCCCCCCMAAAAAUGUUUUAUCGGAGUUGUAACGGUUGAUGGUAUUCUUUUGUAAUAAGUAUUUUGAGUCCGAACACGUCCAGGGAAUUAUGGGAAAAUUACUGAAUUCAAAGUGAUAUCAUGAUAUCCCAAUGUGUUUAUAUGUGCUGUGUAUGUGUGUGCUAGUCCAAUGAGUUAACAUGUGUUUUUGUGUGUAUUAUUUUUGUAUCAAUGUGGGGUGUAUGAACCCCAUGUUUUGAAGUUGUUUCUCUGUGAGAGAUUUUAAAUCAUGUAGUAUUGCCAAUUUGUUUUCAACACUGUAAUCGCGCCAUGAAUAAAAUAGGAUCUUAUAUUAUUAACAAAGUAUAUGUUCUCAGUAUUGAUUGUAAUACUUGUAUGUGUAAUGCGCCGAUGCUGUUGGAUUGACAUCUAUAACGGCUAUAACAUGUACAUGCAAUACCAGCGGUGACCACAAGGAGACACAAUUUGAUCACAUUGGUAGAAUAAAACUCCCUUCUCAUUCA